AUGGCCCGUGCAAGCCUCACCACCUUGGUGCUCCUCUUCCUCGCGGCGGCGGCGGCCGCAGCGGUCUCUGCCCAGGAAAUCGACUUAGCUGCUCCGUCGCCCGCGCCGACCAUGGUUUCGGGAGCGCCCGCCUCUGCAUCGAUGACGUUGUGUUUCCUGCUGGCCUUCGCCUUCGUCCCGGCCCUCUUGCGGUUCUGA